AUGAUUGCGUUACAAAACCAGGCUUUCUACCCUCCUGCCAAAGUGGAUAUCUCACUGCUUCUGAAGCCCCAAGAUGAGGAGGAAGCCGGCCCGGUGACUACUACGUCCGCCUUCCCUUCGAGGACCCUCCCUCCAGCUUCCAUGGGCCAAGCGAUGCCUGUCGCAGCCUCGACGCCUUUGUCAUCUGCGCCGCCUCUUACAGCGAAAAUCCCAGCAUCCGUCCCUGCCAAGCGUCUGCAGCCAGCCCAUACAGCCGAGUCCCCGGCCAAGAAGCAAUCGAAGUGGUCCCCCGAAGAAGAUGCACUCAUCAUAGAGCUGCGGGGUAGUGGCAUGAAGUGGGAGGACAUCAGUAAACGGCUCCCGGGCCGAAGCGCUAUCAGCUGCCGUCUGCACUAUCAGAAUUACUUGGAGCGCCGAAGCGAGUGGGACGAGGACAAGAAGAACAAACUUGCAAGGCUAUACGAGAGAAGAGAUGGCCAUUCCAUGGAGAGCCGCGGAGGCUAUGCAUUGGCAACUAGGGGAGCAAGAAAUGGCACGCCGAGCUGGCGUAGUCCCAUUUUCGUUAUCGAGUUCAGCCAUAGAUCCGCCAGCGACCAGAGCUCGCAGGGUCAGUACAUCGUUAUCUCGCCCAAGAAAAGGAUCUGCAUCACGUACUAUUCCUCCGCCGCAACUUCCGUCAGUUGA